CGCUGAUGAAACCCUGAAAACCACCACUCAAAAUUCACUAUUCUUCAAUCACCCGUUUACACACAUGAAGAGACACCGACCCCUCCCAUCACCACCAUCGUUAACCACCGUGACCCCAACCCCACACCACCCAAAACCCACCAUAACCUCAUACUACACCUCCAAGAAACCCAGAAAACCCCCCUUCUGUCACACCCCCCUCAAACCCCUAAUUGGGUACCCCUCACUUUACCCAAAUCAGAGCUCUUCUUACCCCUCACAUUCCCCACAGGUCAAACAUUCAGAUGGAAACAAACAGCCCCUUUUCAAUACACAGGCGUUAUUGGGCCCCACCUUGUUUCCCUCUUCCAAGACUCAACCAAAACUGCUUAUUGUCUCCACAACACCCCUAAAUGUGAUCAAGAUUCUGCAAAAUCACAUCUUUUUGAUUUUCUCAACAUGGGUAUUUGUUUGGGUGAUUUGUGGGAUGAGUUUUCGGUUUCUGAUCCGAGGUUUGCUGAGCUGGCAGGGUGUUUGAGUGGGGCUAGAGUGCUCAGGCAAGACCCUCUUGAGUGUUUGAUUCAGUUUAUUUGUAGUUCUAAUAAUAAUAUUAAGAGGAUUACUCAGAUGGUGGAUUUUGUGUCUAAGUUGGGGAAUUAUGUUGGGGAAGUUGAAGGGGUUGGGUUUUAUCAGUUUCCGGAUUUGGAUCGGUUGGCGAAAGUUUCCGAAGAAGAGCUGAGAAAGGCUGGGUUUGGAUACAGGGCUAAGUACAUUAGAGGUACCGUAGAAGUACUGCAAUCGAAACCUGGUGGUGGUGUAGAGUGGCUUACUUCCCUCAGAAAACUAGAUCUCGAAAGUGCGAUCGAGGCUCUGACGAGUCUACCUGGCGUGGGCCCCAAAGUUGCAGCCUGCAUAGCUUUGUUCUCUCUAGAUCAACAUCAUGCUGUUCCUGUUGAUACACACGUCUGGAAGAUUGCAACUAGAUAUCUGGUUCCGGAGCUGGCUGGCAAACGUUUGACACCUAAGCUUUGCACCCACGUGGCUGAUGCAUUCGUACAAAAAUACGGGAAAUAUGCUGGUUGGGCUCAAACGCUUCUUUUCAUAGCCGAAUUACCUUCACAAAAGGCCCUUCUGCAGUCUCUAAGUAAUGGAACAGCCAAAGACGUAAAACCGCCGAAGAUCAAGGAAGAGGAAGAAUCUUAGGCGGAUGUACGCCUUCAUCAGAUGUUGGCCUCCUUUUAUUUUUUCCUGUACGUUUCUGCAGGGUUGAUCCUGAAGCUUGAUUGAAGGAUUAGUUCAUGAAUACAUCUCUAGUUACGGAUAUGAUGUUCAGAUUCCGGUUGGGCGUGUUUGAUGAAAAUCGGGGCCGAAACCGCUAAUCUGGGCAGAUGCAGCUAAAUGAUGUCGAGCUUCAUGAUUAUGCCACGAGUGUUGACGAUCGGAUGUAGUGAACAUCAUUAUGUAUGUUGUGGAUUUGAAAAUGUGGUUGAAGAAAGUAGAAUCUAUGAAUUCUUCAUAUUACAAGUUAUGUGGUAACUGGUAAUAGAUUAAUUUGACCAUAUUUGUAGUUUAAAUCGAAGUAAAUUGGCUUGCUUAACUCGUUUGAGAUUA